AAAAUUUUAAAGUUUUUGGGUUUGCUUUUUGAGAUGAUGGGAACACACGUAAUGCAGACAAGUAGUGGCUUAGUUGAGGAUAAGGAAAAGUGCACAUUCGGGAGACUGAAAAAGGGAAAGAACAGAAGAUCGCCCGAGAUCGAAUUGCCGGAAAGCGGAAUGGCGACGGCGGCGGAGCCACCGAACGGAAUUUGGGCGCCGGGAAAGCAUUAUUACAGAAUGUGGCAAACAGUGUUUGAAGUGGAUACUAAGUACAUUCCGAUCAAGCCCAUAGGUAGAGGGGCGUACGGGAUUGUCUGUUCAAGAAGGUCAACGGCGAAGAACGAAGAAGAAGAAGGGGGAGAAUGAAGAAGAAGAUAGUGAAAUGACAAUUUUACCCUCAACAGAAAAUAAUUCGAAGCAUUAAAUCAUUUUCCGGUCAAAAUUGGCCGGCAAUUUGGCCCGGAGGACCAAAAGUGUCAAAAAUUGCAUAGUUAAAGGUUU